UGAUUAGACAUUUGAUUUUGACAGUUCUUUUAAAUCGCACGUGUGUUUACGUGUGGUAUGAACUCAUGUCGAGUUCUUUAUUUUACGUGAAAACAAUAACAAUAUAAACCAAAAUGAGUUUGUACAACUUCAAAAAGAUAGCGGUGGUCCCCACAGCCAAGGACUUUAUAGAUAUUAUGCUAUCGAAGACCCAGCGGAAGACUCCGACGGUGGUCCACAAGCAUUACAAAAUCUCCAGGAUACGAGGGUUUUACAUCAGAAAAGUUAAAUUCACACAACAGAACUUCCACGACCGUCUCUCCCGCAUUAUUCAGGAGUUCCCGAAGCUGGAUGAUGUGCACCCAUUCUAUGCGGACCUCAUGAACGUGCUGUAUGACAAGGACCACUACAAGCUGGGUCUCGGCCAGCUCAACACCGCACGCCAUCUCAUUGACAAUGUCUCCAAAGACUAUGUCCGUCUGCUCAAGUACGGGGACUCGCUGUACCGCUGCAAGCAGCUGAAGCGAGCCGCGCUGGGACGCAUGGCCACCAUCAUGAAGAGACAGGCCGCUAACUUGGCCUAUCUGGAACAAGUCCGCCAGCACUUGGCCCGUCUCCCCUCCAUCGACCCGUACACGCGCACGCUCAUCAUCUGCGGCUUCCCCAACGUCGGCAAGAGCAGCUUCAUCAACAAGAUAACCCGCGCCGAUGUGGAAGUGCAGCCCUACGCGUUCACCACCAAGAGUCUGUACGUGGGACACACCGACUACAAGUACCUGCGCUGGCAGGUGAUAGACACGCCUGGAAUCCUGGAUCACCCGCUGGAGGAGCGCAACGUGAUCGAGAUGCAGGCGGUGACGGCGCUGGCCCACCUGCGUGCCGCCGUGCUGUACGUGCUGGACCCCAGCGAGCUGUGCGGACACACGCUGCAGGAGCAGAUAUCCCUAUUCGAGAGCAUCAAGCCCCUCUUCGCCAACAAACCUCUGCUGCUGGUGCUCAACAAGAUGGACGUGGUCAAGCCUGAAGACCUGCCCGAGGAGAAGAGGAUAUUACUGGAGCAACUUGAGGAGAAGUGCCGGACUGGGAAUGUUGUCAAUGCGGACUCGAACUCGGAACUAGUCUCCGUGCCAGUGAUGCGCAUGUCCACGGUUAGCGAGGAAGGCGUGCAGGAGGUGAAGAUAGAGGCCUGCGAGCGCCUGCUGGGCCACCGAGUCACGGAGAAGAUGAGGACUAAGAAGGUGGACGGCAUCCUCAACCGCCUGCACGUCUCCAUGCCCACGCCCAGAGACUCCCGCGCCCGCCCGCCCACCGCGCCGCCGCCCGGCGUCAAGAGACGAGAGAGGGUGGAACGGCAUAUUGAGUUGGAGCAGGGAGACGAUUAUGUGCUUGACCUCCAAAAGAACUACGUGGAGAUAGCCGAGGAGGAGCGGCACGACCCCAUCCCCGAGUUCUGGGAGGGACACAACAUCGCGGACUACAUCGACCCGGAGAUAUUCGAGAAACUAGCAGAACUGGAGAAGGAUGAAGAGCUCCGUGAAGAGGCGGGCAUGUACGCCGUGCCCAAGAUAGAGUUGGAUGAAACCAUGAAGGAGAUCCGGGAGCUGGCCAGGCAGAUCCGCAACAAGAAGGCGGUGCUCAAGGACGAGUCUCGCCUCACCAAGCAGUCCACCAAGCCGGUGAUGCCGCGGACCACGCGCGCGCGCGGCCGUGAGCGGUCUACUACUAGGUUGCGGGAUGAGAUGGAGAAAUUGGGCGUGGACAUGUCAGAGACCAAAGACGCCCACUUCACCCGGCGGCGGGCGCGCUCUCGCUCGGCAUCCGGCGUCGCCAACAAGCGAGCCAAGAUGGACGACGGGCGGGCGCGGUCUGUGAGCCGCCCCGCCAGGGACGAGCAAGGGGUUAAGGAUACUACUAUGGCGCGGCGAGCUAAGAACAUGGCGCACGUGGCCAUCGCGAAGAAGACCAAGAAGAUGGGUCUCAAGGGAGAGGCCGAUCGCUUCAUCGGCACCAAGAUGCCGAAGCAUCUGUUCGCCGGCAAGCGGGGCGUCGGCAAGACCGACCGGAGAUAGAGAGAGAGAGAGAGGUGUUGGGAGAUGACGGGAGAUAUGUGGAGGAAGAUAUCGUCGCUAUGCUGCGAAAAGCAAUUACGUAACUCGAAAUUUUUACUUAAAAGGACUUGUCAGAACGAUACUUCUCGUAUUUUUUAUAAAUCAUUUAUUGCAUUCUUAAGUUUUGCACAUGUGUAAAUACAUUUAAGUUCUUAGGCCCUGUCAUCUGUGAAAACAGUUUUAAAGGUCUUUUU